AUGAGCGGCUCUGUCGGUUUUAAUUGCCCGUUUCCUAACGACUCUUUUACCUCCUCUACCCUCCCCCCCCCUUUUUUUUUUCUUCUCAGUGUUUUGGGGGGUUUUUGCUUUGCUCGCAACACGCAAAGUUCAUUCUCACUAACUCUCCGAGGCUUGGCGCGGAAGGGGCGGUGGAGGUGUUUCCGCACGCACGCGGUCUCCCCCGGCAGCCAGCUCUGCCCUCCUGGCCAGGGAAGUGACCGGCCGAGGCGGGUCAGCGAGCUAGACCGGGUAGGGAACAGGGCGCCCCGGCAGCUCCGGCACCUUCGCCGCCUCAGCCUGGCAACUGAGAGAGCGGAGGCCGCUCCGCGUCCGCCGGGGCUGCUGUCUUCUCCUCCGAUCUGCCGGACACAGGCAGCCCUGGGGCGAACCACAUUUCCUCCGACCCCGCCAAAACCCCGCGGACAGCUCGGUGAGGCUCUGCUCGCCCCGUCCUGCGGAGCACGGCCCCCGCCGCUCCAUGCAUUGCUGGCCCCGGUCAGCGCAGCUUCGGCGGGCGCGGAGGGGCCGCGGCCGCAGGACGUCCUGACCCCGCGGGAGCGAUUGCCACGUCGGGACUCUCGUCGUGCUGGCCCGGCAAGACCUUCUUUAGGACGGGCUUGUGCAAGGCGCUGGCUGUCCCCGAACAGUCGAGACAUCUCUUCAGGCCCGUUCGUAACUAGGAUUACAAAGGUGCGCUAUCAAUGCUGCGCAGCGGCCGGUAAAACUCGCAGUCCCACCGGAGUUACGGGUGGGAGCCCAGGGCGCAGUGAUUACCAGGAGCUGCCGGCAGUCCCCCCACCACGGUCGCGGGGGGUUCCCUGCUCCCGGUUGCCCCGCUCCCGCCUCGUCCCAUGCCGCGGUAAGAGCAGGACAGGAGGCAGAGGGCAGACGAUGGUGAGAAGCUUGGCACCUGCGGUGCUAUCCGGGGCUCCCGGCGUGGCCAAAAUCCACGGGAGGCGCCUCUGGUGCGCCUCCGGGAUGCGCCAGACACCCAGCUGCCCCCAGUGCCCCUCAGAAAGGGCAGUGCGGCUGGGCGAGGGAAUGUAAGGGAACAAAAUACAUGACCCUCCAGGCAAUGCCGACUGUCCUUCGCAUUGUUUAAUCUCUGCAUAUUUGCAAACUUGGCUGCAUCGUUUGUUUUGCAGGUUUUAUGGUCUUCCAAGAUCCUCUCGGGGAGGAUGAGGCAAAGCAGCUGCCCCGCGGUGUUAGCUGUAUUCUGGGAGGGGGGUCCUUGCUUUUUGAAAAGCUGCUGUUAGAAACUAUUAGAGCUGAGAGCUCACUGUACUUGAAUGAAAGCAUACAGCAGAGUAAAGCUAUAAGAAAGCAGUUUACUUCUGUCCAGGACCACUGAGGGAGCCAGUGCUCAGCCACUCUGGUUGCAUGAAUGUGCAACUGGCCAGCCCUCAGCAUGCGACCCCAUCUGUCUGCAAUGAGGGGCAAGUUCUUUGUACCAAACCACAUCAUUGUUGCUGUGGGCCUGCGGAACUUCUGGAAGUCCUUUAAUUAUCUACAAGGCUACCCCAAGUUUCACAGGCCCAGGUCCUGCCCUGGUAGCCUCCAAAUACCAAUGUCAGACUUGUUUGGCCUCACAGGGCAGGCAGCAACUGGCUAAAUCACAAAUCAAUCCCUGCACCUCUGGCAGCCCUGGACUGCACAGAGCACAGGGCCGAGUGAGACCCGUAGCUCAUGAGGUCCAUCGGUUUCAAACUCUGUGCAGGAGUCAGGGCUCAUCUCCUGG